GAAGGUUUAAGGAGGGUUUAUGUCGCCUACCCUAUCUUCUUCUCUAUGAAUAUCCACACACCUUGCAGAUGUUACCAUUCAUUUCUUCCUUCAUUUUCUCAUUCAGGCGAAAUUGAUGACCGGCAGCAGUUCUCCCUUUUCUUCUGCUGCUUUCAGCCAGAAAUUCGAACAUUAUAGUCCCUUCAUUAACCCUGUAAUUCUUUGUCCAAUCCCAUCUCAUAUUUCCACAGUAAUGUGGAUAAGCAUCGCCAACCAAGCCCUUCCAAGAACCACCGUGUCUUAUGUCAGUUCACGGUCGCUUAAAAGACGUUAUAGCUUUCUGGGACUGUCCAGGGAUUCUGUUAUCCAAGAUAAGCUCAAAAUGCGGAUACUUGAGCCCCUUUUUGUGUGUCCGGAAUUGGGUGUCCGCCGAGUUGGGGAAUCAUCGAGUUCUGGGGACUGUAUGGGGAAACCCAGUGUUGGGUUCUUGAGGAGUGAUGUUGUGGGUAAUGGGUUUUGCCCCAGAGGGUAUGCAAGUGUUGCUGAGGCUAUUUUGUCAACGGAUUGUGAGGAGGAUGUGUCAGUUGUUGACGAGGUGAAGGAAUUGUUGCAGGAGAUGAGGAAGGAGGAGCGGAGAGAGUCUCAAAAUAGUCCUAUAAUUAGGCGGGAAUCUGAACACGGAAUGGGAAUGGGUAAGUAUCGCAUGUUGAGGAGGAGGCAGGUUAAGAUUGAGACUGAGGCAUGGAAGCAGGCGGCGAAAGAGUAUAGGGAGCUUUUGAUCGAUAUGUGUGAGCGGAAACUGGCUCCCAAUUUACCAUAUAUGAAGACUCUGUUUCUUGGUUGGUUUGAGCCCUUGAGGGAUGCUAUUGCUAAGGAGCAAGAGUUAAUUAAAUUGGGAAAGGUUAAGACGGCUUAUGCUCCUUAUUUAGAUCAGUUGCCUGCGGAUAUGAUGUCUGUUAUCACCAUGCAUAAGCUGAUGGGACUUUUGAUGACUGGAGAACAUGGCUCUGCCAGGGUUGUCCAGGCAGCUUGCUUCAUUGGAGAGGCCAUUGAGCAAGAGGCUAGGAUUCAUAAGUUCUUGGAGAAAACAAAAAAGAAAAGGAGUGGUAAUCAUAACGAAGAUGAGGGAGAUGGUUCUGAUGCUAAUGCCAAGGAAAAUGAGAGGUUAAGAAAAAAGGUUACAAAUUUAAUAAAAAAACAAAAGCUGCCGGCGGUAAGGCAGAUAGUGAAGGAACAUGACGAUCCAAAGCCAUGGAGCCAGGAUGUCAAGGCGAAGGUUGGAAGCCAUCUAAUUGAAUUGUUGAUUCAAACAGCUUAUAUACAGGCUCCUGCUGAUCAGUUGUCUGAUUGUCCACCUGAUAUUCGACCUGCCUUUAUGCACACCCUUAAAACUGUGAUGAAAGAAAAUAAGAAGACGGGAAGAAGAUAUGGCGUCAUUCAAUGUGACCCACUAGUUCUCAAAGGCCUCGAGAGAACUGCGAGGCACAUGGUAAUUCCGUAUAUUCCAAUGUUGGUGCCCCCACUCAAAUGGACAAGUUAUGACAAAGGAGCACACUUGUUCUUGCCAUCUUAUGUCAUGCGCAUACAUGGAGCUAGACAGCAACGUGAAGCUCUUAAGAGGGCUCCCAGGAAGCAACUAGAGCCAGUUUUUGAGGCCCUGGAUACACUUGGGAAUACAAAAUGGAGGAUAAAUAAGAGGGUACUUGGUGUUGUAGAUAGAAUAUGGAACAGUGGAGGCCGCCUCGCCAAUUUGGUGGAUCGUGAUGAUAUUUCUUUACCGGAGGAGCCAGACACUGAAGAUGAAGCGUUGAUUAGGAAAUGGAAGUGGAAAGUUAGAUCCGUGAAGAAAGAGAACAGGGAGAGACACUCUCAAAGAUGUGACGUGGAACUUAAACUUGCUGUAGCACACCAGUUGAAGGAUGAAGAAGGUUUCUACUAUCCACAUAAUCUUGACUUUCGAGGACGUGCAUAUCCAAUGCACCCAUAUUUAAACCAUCUUGGCUCAGAUCUGUGUCGAGGUAUUUUGGAGUUUGCAGAGGGGCGUCCUCUUGGGGAGUCGGGCCUACGCUGGCUCAAGAUACACUUAGCAAAUCUUUUUGCUGGUGGUGUGGACAAAUUAUCUCUCGAGGGUCGAAUAGCUUUUGUUGAGAAUCACUUGGUAGAUAUAUUUGAUUCUGCAGAUAGACCUCUUGAAGGAAGGCGGUGGUGGCUGAAUGCUGAAGAUCCAUUUCAGUUCUUAGCUGCUUGCAUUGAUCUAACUGAAGCUUUGAGAAGCUUAUCUUCAGAGUCAUACAUAUCAUUUAUGCCUGUUCAUCAGGAUGGUUCCUGCAAUGGCCUACAACACUAUGCUGCGCUUGGAAGGGACACGUUGGGAGCAGCUGCUGUCAAUUUGGUUGCAGAAGAGAAGCCUGCAGAUGUUUACUCUGGAAUAGCUGAUAGAGUACUUGAUAUCAUGCGGAGAGAUGCACAAAAAGACCCUGCACUAUUUCCAGAUGCAUUGCGUGCAAGGACUUUACUUAGUCAGGUGGAUAGGAAGCUGGUGAAGCAGACAGUGAUGACGUCAGUGUAUGGUGUAACUUACAUUGGUGCUCGUGAUCAAAUCAAAAGGAGGUUAAAAGAACGUAGUGCCAUCACAGAUGAGACGGAGCUUUUUGGUUCUUCUUGUUAUGCCGCAAAGGUUACCUUAACUGCUCUAGGGGAGAUGUUUCAAGCUGCACGUGAUAUCAUGAGCUGGCUUGGUGAAUGUGCAAAGAUUGUUGCGUCUGAAAAUCAGCCAGUGCGAUGGACAACACCACUUGGACUUCCUGUCGUGCAACCUUACCGUCAACUUGGAAGGCAUCUUGUCAAGACUUCUCUUCAGACUUUAACCCUUCAACGGGAAACCGAUAAGGUCAUGGCCAAGCGGCAGAGAACAGCUUUUCCACCAAAUUUUGUUCACUCCCUUGAUGGUUCUCAUAUGAUGAUGACUGCGGUUGCCUGCAAAAUGGCAGGCUUGAACUUUGCAGGAGUGCAUGAUUCAUACUGGACACAUGCAUGCGACGUGGAUAGAAUGAAUAAGAUACUAAGAGAAAAGUUCGUCGAACUCUAUGAACAACCAAUAUUGGAGAAUUUGUUGGAGAGCUUCGAGCAAUCUUUCCCUACAUUGUCUUUCCCCCCUUUGCCAGAACGCGGUGAUUUUGAUCUCAGAGACGUGUUGGAGUCGCCUUAUUUUUUUAACUGACUUGAUGGAAGGCCUUGCUUCUCAUCUCCUCUCAGUGGAGUAACCCCAUGACCACGGAGAUGCCAUCUGAUUAGCUUCUGAUAGUUCCCAUUUUUGAAAACAUGCGGAAUGAUUGGGGAUCUAUCAGGAAAAUAUCCUGGAGGAGACACGGCAUUGUGCACCUUAUUUUGAAAGAUGGCAUCUAAUUGAUUUUUUAUCUUCUACUGGUCGUCAACUGAGGUUUUGAAUCCUUUGAACUGUUGUACGUUAUCUAGUUGCGGAGCAUGUGCCAAGUUCAAGGCGAAGCUUAGUCGAUUUCUUCCCCUAGGUAUGAUAAAGGAUGAUGUGGAAGUGAUAAAUUAAGAUCAUGCUAUACUGGAACAGCUUGUCCACAAUGCAUAGCAUCGAAAUGGAGCAAGAGAUGAUUGCAGUGUGCUUGUAGUGUUGGGCACCAGCUUCCAUCAGCAGGAGUUGUAAAUUGCCAAUGUAGAAAGGUCUGGUUGGCUGCCGACUGCAUAUUUUGUGUAGUAUUUUUGCAGCAUUUCCAUGUUAUAUAUGUUUUCUUGGACGUAUAUUGUUCUUUUUCAUCAAAAUGUAAAGUUCAUCAGUAAAUGUAUUCUACUUGAAAUGAAGCAUCAACUUGAAAUAGGCAUCAAUUAGGGCCAAAGGCUCAAGUUCAAAAUCCAUAUUGAGCGAUGAUA